CAUGCGCGCCUGACUCAGGGUAUAGUAAUAACUGUAGAUGAAGAUGUAACCAGCAAAUAUGGAAGAACAACUGAACGUUUCCUAGGUCUUAAUUCUGUAAGCUCGUCACGGAAAAAUAGAAGACGGCCACCUAAACCGUACUAGUGGCACAACCAAAGAUGGCGGACAGUCGUGCUACCAGUCGUGUUGUUUACAUUCUGCUGGUGAAUCUCCUACUCUGUCUGCACAUCAGGGGCAAGAGGACUCUAAAAUUUGUCAGCCUGCUAUAUCGACACGGAGACAGGACUCCGUAUGACGUGUACGGAAAUGAUACCAACACAGAGGACACCUGGCCACAGGGUUUUAUGCAGUUGACCAGGGUCGGUAUACAGCAGCAGUAUGAGUUGGGGCAAUUUCUCCGAAGUAGAUAUGUCGGACCGGACUUCCUCAAUUCAUCGUACAGCAGAUAUCAGGUCCAGGUUUGGAGCACGGAUACAGACAGAACCCGGAUGAGUGCCCAGGCUAAUCUAGCAGGUUUCUUCCCUCCCUCCGGAAAUCAAGUCUGGAAUCCGGACAUCCUCUGGCAGCCGAUACCCGUCCACACUAAGCCUGAGAAUGAAGACUCGUUGCUGGGAAUGCCACCAUGUCCCAGAUUUGACUAUCUAAAGCAGGAAUACCAGAGAACCAACCAGGAGUAUCUACAAAUGGACCAAGACAACAAAGAAUUCUUCAAGUACUUGACUCUGAGGACGGGACUGCCUGGAGACAAAGGGCACUGGGGUCUUAGAAAACUGCAGGAUUCUUUGUUUUGCGAGAAAACGCACAACAGAACCCACCCCGUGUGGGCAACACCCGAGGUUUAUGACAAGCUGACGGAGUUCAGGAACUUUGACCUACGAGCUGACUUCUCUGACAGGGAAAGAAACAGGCUACACGGUGGCCCUCUACUAGGGGCGAUUGUGUAUAAUAUGACUCAGGCUAUAGAAGGUACCCUACCUGACGGGAGGCUAAAACUGGUGAUGUACUCCGCUCACGACGCGACUGUGGCUAGCCUUCUGUCGGCGCUGGGCACCUUUAACUACAUUCAUCCUCCUUAUUGCGCAUGCGUCAUGGUGGAACUACACCAGGAGGAUUCUGGGGAAUUCUUUGUGGAGGUUUGGUACAGAAGCGACAGCGGCCAUGACCCGUACCUACUGACAGUCCCAGGCUGCCCGGACCCCUGCUCGUAUCAACAGUUCCUGAACGCGACAAAAGACUCCAUCGUCACAGACAGGGAAAAGGAAUGUCAACUGAGAAUCGUCGACAUGUUGACAAGAAGGACAUCAAUCAUAGUGGUCGGAGUGGUGCUGGUGAUUAUAUUGUUCGUGGUUGUUGUGAUCUGGAUCUGUGUUCGGCGAUCAAGACGGAGUCAUCAACACAGCCAUAACCUGAUCUCAGAAGAGAACAUCUCACUGACGUCGACGAACGACGAUGACAAUGAAGAUGAAACUGCAUGAUGAAAAUGAAGAGCUCAAUGAAGAGCUUAACUUGAAAGUUCAUCUGUGUUGGUAGAAGUCAUUCUUGAAGUAGACUAAGUUGAACUGUUAAAUCCAACACAAAAUUUUGACUCACCCAAAUGUUUGCCUGAACAGAACCAGUCUUUGUCAAGAAAUGAACAAUCGGCUGCUGCCGAGGCGUCACGUUAUGCAGAUAGAACACGUGACUCAGUGAGCAGGGGUCAUAGGUUGCAGGAAACCUGUUCUUUGCUAUAUUACAGGGAUUUGAAGGGUCAAUGUACAGGGGAGAUUCCCCUGGCUUUUUUGGAAAAACACAGCAAACAGAGAGAGAGAGAGAGAGAAACACACACACAAUAUCUUUAUGAUAUUUUCAUGAAUAUUUUUCAUGAAGAUACAAAAAUGACUAGGAUCGCCAGGUUUCGCAAGGGUCAGUCGGAAACUCGGAAAGGCAACACUUUUUUCUUAGGCAUUAUUUUAAUGCAUUUAGAUUGAAGAGACACAUUACGCAUGCUGAUAUAGUGGCAUUUCAUUUAUUAUGAUUAUAAUAUAAAACCCAAAGUAUCAGAACAAUUAAAGAAAAUCCCCUACUGCACCCUCUCUAUCUGUUGCCACCACUGAUGUUGUUAUUGAUGUUUGAUGUCAUGUCAUGUUGAUUUGAUCAUAUGGAUGACAUCCUCUAGGAAUCCCAAAAAAGGUCCCCCCAAAAGUUCUCUUCUGUAUGAAAUAUAGGUGGUCUUGAAGGUUGAACAAAUGAUAAACUACACAAAGUAUAGUAUACCAAACUAUAAAUUCUGCAUUUCUGUUCUUUCACACCUUCGGCUUCGUCUUGAACUUUGGAAUUGACAUUGGCAUUCUCUAGCAUUAAUAUCCAUUCUCCUUUUUUUCAGUCAACGGCCUAACAUAUGUAAUCAUUCUAUAACUGAUUUCUAAGAUUUAAAGAAUGGUCGAAAACUAUUUCUGGACUUUGAAACUGAUAUUGACAUUCUCUAACAUUAAUAUCCAUUCUAAGGUUUUUUUAACUGACAGCCUAUAUGCACUCAUGCUACAACUGCUUUCCACAAUUUAAGGAAUGGUCGAAAACAUUUUUCUGAAACGGACAAAAAUUGAUGCGCGCGGAUGUCAUCCAUAUGGCAGAGCAACAUGGCCUUGUAAAAUAAAGAAAGUGACUUGAUUGACAUUAUAUCUGUUGCAAUUGUUAGAUUACAAUACAUUGACUUA